AUGGAAAUCGUACGGUGUGGCAUCCACGGCUUCCACGAGGUGCUCGGCAUCGACGUGGACGAGAUCCGCUUCUUUUGGAUUCUGGACUCGCACGUCGAGAAUGCCCGGCAGACGGCGUACCGCAUCACGCUCGCCGCCAGUCCUCAGGGACAAGGUGGCGACGACUUGGUCCUUCUCUGGGACACCGGCAAGGUCCAGAGCAGUGAGCAACGGGACAUUGUCUGUAGGCCAAAGGGCGGCUUCCUGUCAGCAACGUUUCACUACUGGCAGGUGACCGUGUGGGGUCAGAAUGGCGUUCCGACGACGUCUCCGUCGAACGAGUUCUUCACGGCCUACCCGCGGUCCAACCGGCUGCUUCCCCCGUACAGCAUGAACCAGACCUAUAUGCCACACUCGAGCCUCAUCUUCAAGACCUGGUUUGAGGACGAACCGAACCGCUGGAAGGCCGUAUGGAUUGGAAACGGCGGAGACAAGCCCUUGUACCUUCGCAAGUCCUUCGCGCUCGCCGAGAAGCCAGUUCGGGCCAUCGCCUUUGCGUCGGGUCUCGGCCACUUCAACCUCUUCUGCAACGGGUUGCCGGCCUCCUCCCACGUGCUCGACCCGGGCUGGACCAACUACCACCGCACCGUCCAGUUUGUCGCCUACGACCUGUCCGGCAAACUCGCCGACGGAGAGAACGUCGUGGCUGCCCAUGUCGGCAACGGCUUCUACGCCGGAGACCAAGGCGACCGAUUCUUCUGGCCGACGUACGAGGACAACACAUACGUGCGAUAUGGAAACGAGCUGUGCUUCUUCGCCGAACUACACCUCUUUUACGAGGACGGCCGGCGGGAGACAGUCAUCUCGGGACCGGACUGGAAGGUUAGGGCCAGCGCGACGUCGCUCGCCAACGUCUACGCCUCGGAGACGCACGACAAGAGAGAGUACCCCGUCGGAUGGGAUGCUGCGUCGUUCGACGAUUCGGCGUGGACUUGUGCAAAGCCUCUGACCGGCCCCAGGGGGAAGUUGGCAUACCAGAGCCAGCCGCCAGUCAUGCUCCACGAGACGGUGCUGCCGGUCUCGAAAAAAACCAUCGCGCCGGCCAUCGUCAGCUUCGACCUUGGACAAAACAUGUCGACCAUGGUGCAUAUCGAAGUGAGUGGGCCGGCGGGCGCCGAGGUCAUUGUCCGCUACUCGGAGACGGUGGACGAGCACGGCGCCGUGUUGAUGCCCGACCCGCUGUUCAAGGAGUUCGAGACGGGCGUCUACUCCAGAAUAACUUUAUCAGGCGAGGGCGUCGAGAGUUGGGCCCCCGACUUCUCCUUCACGAGCGCCCGGUACAUCCAAGUCGAAGGCGUAGCGGUCGGGCCGGGCCUAGGUCUCCCCGUUAUCCACUCGGUUUGGGGCCGCCACGUCUCAUCGGCCGCCCGACGGCUGGGCUCCAUGACGACCGACAACGAAGACGUCAAUGCCCUCAUCAACAUGUGCCACUGGUCCAUCUCCAGCAACCUCUUCAGCUACCACACCGACUGCCCGCAGAUCGAGAAGUUCGCCUGGCUCGAGGUGACGCACCUCCUGGCGCCGGCAACCCAGUACAUGCGCGACAUGGAGAGCCUCUACUCCAAGAUCCUUGCCGACAUUGCCGACGCGCAGGAGCCCAAUGGCCUGGUGCCCACCAUGGCGCCCGAAAUGCGCUACAUGUGCGGGCCCCUCCACGACACCGUCACCUGGGGCGGCGCCAUCGCGCUGCUGCCUGAGCUCCUCAAGCGCUACUACGGCUCGACCCACACCUUCUCCAGAAUGUAUGUCCCCUGCACGCGGUACCUCGACUACCUACGGACCAAGGAGCGCAGGGGCGGGCUCAUCGAGCACGGGCUGGGCGACUGGGGCGUCGACAUCGCCUAUGGCAACCACCAGGCCAACAUUGAGACGGCUAUGUAUUAUCAAUGCCUUCGCAACGUGGAGCUCAUGGCCAACACGCUGGGCUACACGACCGACGCGGCCAAGUACCGCGCCUGGGCCGAGCGCAUCCACCGGGUCUAUAACGAGCACCUCCUCGUGCUCCCGUCCCACCCGCGCUCCAACCGGUCCUACGCCUUCUAUACCUCCCUCGACCACGCCGACGGCAGGCACGACUGCACGGCCGUGGCGCAGGCCAUGGCCCUACAGCUGGGCCUCGUCCCACCUCAGCACAAAGCUGACGUCCAGCACGCGUUCCUCACCGCCUGCUCCCCAGACGGUUCGUCACCCACCAUUCGCGCGGGCUCCAUCGGGCUCAAGCACGUGUGGAACACCUUAGCAGAUCUCGACCGCGCUGAUGUGGCGCUGGCGAUGGCGCUGGGACCCUCCCGCCACGGCAGGGAUGGGGAGGAGAAUGGUCUGGCGCCGCCGCCGCACCCGUCGUACCUGCGCUUCCUCCGCCGCGGCGAGACGACGCUGUCCGAGUUCUGGCAGGACCACUGCCGCAGCAAGUGCCACGACAUGUACGCGAGCGUGCUCGAGUGGUGCUAUGGCGCCGUGCUGGGCGUGAGAGAGGUGACGGAUGGGUACCGCGCGUGGACGGUGCGGCCGCCGCUGGGUCGCGGAGGAGAGAAUUUUGGGAGGGGGGUGGAGGGCACGGUCGAGUGUCCGUAUGGAAGGAUUGAGGUGAGGUUUGAGAGGGAAGAAACACGAGGAAAGGCGAGGUUGAGGGUCAAGGUGCCGGUUGGGACGACCGCGACGGUGCUGCUUCCUGGGCCCGAGACGGCGGUGGAGCUGAUGCGGGAGGGGUGGGACGAGGGGCGGAGGUUAAGGAGGCAGGGGCCGAGCGUUGAGCUGAAUCAUGGGACGUACGAGGUCGAGAUCUUGUUGUAG